AUGGCGCUGACUAAUGACCAACCCUCUGCGAGGAAGAUUGUUUGCGACAACUGUGACAGCGAGGAUGCUGCUCAAAGCCGUUGCAAUGAAUGUGAAAUAUUUCUUUGUCAAUAUUGUUCCGAGUUUCAUAAACGAUCUCGACCAACGAAACACCAUGAGCUGGUGACCAUGGAGCAAUUGAAAUCCAAUGCAGGUCCACAGAACAUUGCUGAGAAGAUGCGAUGUCGCAAACACAAGGAAGAAGUCAUCAAGUUGUUUUGUAAAACAUGUCAAACAACCAUCUGCAGAGAUUGCACCAUCGUUGAUCAUCAGGGGCAUAAAUAUGGAUUUGUUGAAGAAGUCGCUGUCGAACAAAAACGUCAUUUGCAAAGCAAUCUUAACGAAGUAAAGCAAAGAAAAGGAAGAAUUGCACAAGGAAUUGUAAACCUGAAGAAAUUUAAUGAAGGUCUGGAGGCUAAGAAGAAGUCAACAAUCUCGGAAAUCAGUCACCACUUCGAUCAACUUUUGAAAGCAGUGGAAUCUCGGAAAAGAGAAAUGAUGGAAAAAGCGACUUCAAUGACGAAUUCCAAACAAAAGCAGAUUCAUACACAGUUAGAGAUCUUAGAAGUGGCUUUAGCAAGUUGUGAAAGCAGCAUCGAGUUUACAGAGCAAGCGUUCAAGAAUGGCAACGAUGUUCAAAUAUUAAGCAUGGAGAAGUACAUUUUGCAGUCUUUGGAGCAGCUGAAAACAGUUAAAGAUCAAACGAGGCCUUGUGUUACUGAAGACAUGGUGUUUAUCAUUCCUUCGUUGGUGCAGGAAACAAAGAAAAAGCUGUUGACAAAAUAUGAUGUAGACGUUGCUCCAGCGAACCCACAUAUUGCCACGCUUCCUUCAAGGAAAAAGAAAAAAUGUUUGAUGCUGGGAAACAAUACUCUGUAA